CGUAUAGCAUGUACUGUAACGAAUGUACACCGUUACAAGCAUUCUUGCAAAUCAAAGCGAGAUAACUGAGUUGAUUAUGUAACGAUUUUUAUUUGCCGUUGAGAAAGAUGGAAGGAUCAGGCAACGUUCCACCGGAUAUUUUGCCGGUUUCUGGUACCAGUUGGCGUGGGGUAGAUUUACCGGCCUUUUUUUACCUGCUGACGAUGUUAGCAUGUUAUCCGUUGGCAUAUAUCUCGCGGACCUAUUUGCAUGGGCAACCCUCGUCAGUCAAGCAUGCCUACUUCAUCCUCUGCGGCCUGAUUCUGAUGUUUGCUAACUUUGGAUACGGCGUCAUCCACUCGGCAAUCUCGGUCCUGGCCAACUAUGCCCUGCUAGUCACGGUAGGGGGCAGUCAGCUGUCUGUGGUAUUGUCUUUCAUUUUCAACAUGGCCUACCUGUUGAUUGCCUACGUCCUCCUGUCCACGGACGGCUAUGACCUGAUCUGGACCACGCCCCACUGUAUCCUGACAGUCAAAAUGGCUGGCACGGCCUUUGACCUGUAUGACGGCCACAAGAAGGAGGAGGUGCUGAGCCUGGAGCAGAAAAAGUUGAACAUCAAAAGGGCGCCCUCACUCCUGGAGCUGGCCGGAUACACCUAUUUUAUCGGUGGGUGUUUUGCUGCUCCCAUUUUCUCCAUCCGGCCCUACCUGGAGUUCACGGAGGGGAAGCUGGCCGACAACGACCGGGCACUUCCCCCCGACUGCAUCCGGCCUGCCCUGGGGAGGCUCGGGGUGGGCUGCGUGUACCUCGUGCUGUACACGCUGCUCUCCCCAGUAUUUUCCAACGCCUACCUGAUGUCUCCAGAAUUUGCGAGUUUGUCCUUCCUGUCCCAAAUGUUUGUGGUGAUGUGCUGGGGCAAGGUGGCUAUCUCCAAGUACUCUGUGAUCUUUCUUUUUACAGAGGGCGUUUGUAUCAUGAGCGGAUUCGGCUACAACGGAAGAGACAAGAACGGCAACGUGCUGUGGGACCGCUGCAUCAGCUACAAGCCCAUGCAGUUUGAGCUGGCUACAACCUGCCGGGAACUUGUCAAGUCGUUCAACAUCUCAACCAACACCUGGGUCUCCAGGUAUGUCUACAAAAGACUGAAGUUUCUCAACAAUCGUAACGUUUCCCAGCUGGCCGCGCUUCUCUUCCUGGCUGUUUGGCACGGUUUCUACGUCGGCUACUACGUAGGCUUCUUGCAGGAGUUUGUCGUCUUCUUCAUUGAAGCCAAGGUUGUGGAAAUCAGCCAGCGGUACCCACCCCUGGCCCGAGCCGCUGAGGUGCCCCCGAUCAAGGUCUUCCUGUGGGUUUGUUUCAAGGCCUGGAACCUCUUCGUCAUGAGCUUUGCGCUGGUACCCUUUGUGCUACUGCGGUGGAGAAGAACUCGCCUGGUGAGUCCCAACGGACUGUCUAUUAGGCAUUGUCAUUGGGAAAGACCACAGUACCACACACAGCUUUAA